AAAAGUUGCUUUUACCUUUACAAACUGUGUCUACUUCGUGAGCAAGGAAACAAAUUCAAUAAAAUGACCAUCUUCAACGUGUCAUCUACUUUAGUUUCGUGAUCGUUUCAGACGCAAGAGUCUUUCUUCAUCUACUUCAUUUCUGUCAUCUUGCAGACGUAUGUCAAGAAUGGCCGGCGAAGGAGAAUGGCCAGCGAUAGGGAUUGAUUUGGGGACGACGUACUCGUGCGUGGCAGUAUGGCAGCAUGAUCGCGUAGAGAUCAUAGUCAACGAUCAGGGCAACAGGACAACACCGUCUUAUGUUGCCUUCACUGACAAAGAGCGUUUGGUCGGUGAUGCAGCCAAGAACCAGGUCGCCAGGAAUCCCACAAACUCUGUUUUUGAUGCAAAGCGGUUAAUUGGUAGGAGAUUUAGUGAUUCUGUAGUUCAGAGUGAUAUCUACCUUUGGCCAUUCAAGGUUAUUGAAGGUCCUACCGACAAACCUAUGAUCGUGGUCACUUAUAAGGGGGAAGAGAAGCAUUUUGCUGCAGAGGAAAUCUCAUCUAUGGUCCUCAAAAAGAUGCGUGAGAUUGCCGAGUCCUACCUUGGCACAAUUGUGAAGAAUGCUGUAAUUACUGUCCCAGCCUACUUCAAUGAUUCACAGCGUAAGGCUACAAAGGAUGCUGGAAGCAUUGCAGGACUAAAUGUCAUGCGGAUAAUCAAUGAACCAAUGGCCGCAGCCAUUGCUUACGGUCUUAAUAAGACUGACAUUGGUGGGAGAAACGUGUUAAUCUUUGAUUUGGGUGGCGGUACUACAGAUAUCUCACUACUUACCAUUGACGGUGACACUUUUGAAGUGAAGGCCGUUGCUGGAGACACUCACCUUGGAGGUGAGGACUUUGACAACAUAAUGGUAAAACACUUCGUUGAAAUAUUUAAGAGACAUCACAAGGAGGACAUUAGUGGAAAUGCCAGAGCUCUAAGGAGAUUGAGAACUGCUUGUGAGAGAGCAAAGAGGAUUCUUUCUUCCGCAAGUGAGACUACCAUUGAAGUUGAUUCUUUAUAUAAUGGUAUUGAUUUCUCCUCAAGUAUUACCCGUGCUAAAUUUGCGGAACUCAAUAUGGACUUGUUCAAGAAGUCUAUUGAGCUUGUAGAGAAGUGUUUGACUGAUGCUAAGAUGGACAAGAGAGGAGUCCAUGAUGUUGUUCUUACUGGUGGUUCUUCAAGAAUUCCUAAGGUGCAGCAGCUGUUGCAAGACUUGUUUGAUGGAAAGCAGCUUAACAAGAGCAUCAACCCAGAUGAAGCUGUGGCUUAUGGAGCCGCUGUUCAAGCUGCAAACUUGGCUGGUAGGGGUAAUGAGAAAGUUCAACGCAUAGUGCUCAUGAAUGUCACCCCUCUAUCCCUAGGGUUUGAAUAUGCUGAAGGUGAGAUGGCCGUUGUGAUUCCGAGGAAUACCUCCAUUCCCACUAAGAAGCAAAUGGACUGCACCAACAAGUAUGACAACCAAACUUCUGCUUGGAUUCCGAUUUAUGAGGGUGAGAGAGCAAGAGCUGUGGAUAACAAUUGGUUGGGACAAUUUGAGCUUUCUCCAAUUCCUGCAGCGCCCAGGAGUACCGCUAAAAUAAAAGUAUACUUUGAGAUUGAUGCCAAUGGUAUCUUGAACGUUUCUGCCAUGGAGGAGACCACUGGCGUAAGUUACAAGAUCACAAUUACAAAUUACAAGAAUUCACUAUCCACAGAAGAUAUUCAUAGGAUGGUUCUAGAUGCAAAGAAAUACGAAGUUGAAGAUGAUAAGCACAGGAAGAAGGUUAGGGCUAAGGAAGCUUUGGAGAACUAUGCGUACAAAAUGAGGAGUAUUGUCAAUGAUAAGGAGAUUGGUGGCAAGCUUGACGCUGCUGGCAAGGAGAAGAUUGAAGCUGCUAUUAAGCAAGUGAUUCAUUGGUUAGAUGGUAUCCAACAUGCGGAGGAAAAUGAGUUUGAGGACAAGCUGAUUGGACUUGAGUUAAUCUGUAAUCCCAUCAUUGCAAAGAUAUCUAGACAACCAUAAGCAAUUGAGCAGCUCGAUCUUCUCAUAAAAAAAGAUGACACUUGGAGUCUGUUAUGGCACCUUAUUAGUAUUUUUGUUGUCAGUGUGUUUUGAUGUGGCUUUAUUUGGUAGCAGUUGGAAAUUGAAAUAUGAUGUGUGAUUUAUGGUUUUAAUGUUAA